UUAAAAACUGAGCUAAACUGAAAGUAGAAGAUUUGGACUUGUGUGCAGACGCAAAAAAAAUACUCGUAUGGAGAUGGGCGCAGACGCAAAAACAAUACUUAUGAUAUAGUAUGAGGAUGGAAACCUGACCACAUUGUACAGAAAAUAAAAGAUGUGGACACAGUGGUGCGCGGGCGGCCGUCAGACAGUUUUCCUUCUCGUGCAAGUGCUGGUCCUAAAGUUUACAUGCUGCGGAAGACCAAAUAUAUUAUUCAUCGUAUUGGACGAUUUUCGGCCUAUUAUGAGGAGUUAUGGAAACCAGUUGAUUAUUGCUCCGAACAUGGAUAACUUGGCUAGGAACUCGGUAGUCUUUAACAGGGCAUACACACAGCAAGCUCUAUGUGGACCCAGCAGGACCUCCUUUUUAACAAGUCGUCGGCCAGACACCACAAAACUUUGGGAUGUACAUUAUUACUGGCGAAAGUCGGCUGGCAACUACACAACACUUCCACAGUAUUUUAAGGAGCAUGGCUAUCACACAGAGUCCUUUGGGAAAAUAUUUCACCCAGGAAUAGUUUCUGGAAAGACAACAGAUUAUCCCUACAGCUGGUCAGUGCCCCCCUACUUACCGUCCACUCAGCAGUACAAAAUGAAAAAGGUUUGUCCUGGCGCAGGAGGCAAGCUACAAAUGAAUGUUGUUUGUCCAGUCAAUGUGUCCACUCAACCAGAGCACACCCUGCCAGAUAUCCAGUCUACCCAGCAUGCUGUGAAGUUUAUUGAAAAACUGUCCAAUGAAAGUCAGCCAUUUUUUCUGGCAUUGGGUUACCACAAACCACAUAUCCCAUUUAAAUUUCCUCAGGAGUAUCUGAAGCUCUAUCCUCUUGAUGAAAUCAAGCUUGCAAAGUUUCAUACCAAACCUCGGGGAUUACCAUCUGUAGCCUGGAAUCCCUGGACAGACCUGAGAGAAAGAGACGACGUCAAGAGUCUCAAUGUCAGCUUUCCAUUUGGUCCUAUUCCAGAGCACUUUCAGAAACUGAUGAUUCAGAGUUACUAUGCCUCUGUUAGCUAUGUAGAUAAUCUUCUGGGGGAAGUGUUUGCUGCAUUAGAAAAGAAAGGCUUGUCUGGAAACACCAUCACUUUAUUGACGGGAGAUCAUGGUUGGGCCCUUGGUGAAAAUCAGGAAUGGUCCAAAUUCAGUAACUUUGAAGUGACCACUAGGGUGCCUUUGUUAGUGUCUGUUCCAGGAGUGACUGGGAAACCUCUUUCUGGUACUCUGAAAUAUUCUUCCUCAGAUAAAGACUGGCCGGAUAGAACUAUGGUCAAAUACAACCAAUACAAGAUCUCGGAUGGUCUCGUUGAACUUGUGGACAUUUUCCCAUCUCUUGUGGAACUUGCGGGACUUCCAAUUCUGAAGACCUGUCCACAGACGUCUUUUAACAUUACGAUCUGUACAGAGGGCUGUAGUUUUGUGCCUUUGAUAAAAAAUGCUACAUCACCUCAUACUGUUAUUAAGAACUGGAAAUCUGCUGUGUUUAGUCAAUACCCUCGUCCAAGUCUACAGCCUGAGGCAGACAGUGACCAGCCACGAGCAGUGGACAGUAGAGUCAUGGGGUACUCCAUCAGAACUGACAGUCACAGAUACACAGAGUGGAUUCAGUUUUACCCAAAUAAUUUUACCGUCAACUGGAAUAAUGUGUAUGCCAGAGAACUGUAUUCUCAAGUCACAGAUUCAGAAGACCAUCACAAUUUGGCUUCAGACCCUCGGUAUCUGGACAUUGUACACAAACUCGCUGUAAAACUCCGGCAAGGCUGGAGAGCAGCCUUGCCAUUACUCAAUCAGACUUGAUUAGGAUAUACAUUAUAAUAAAUCUUUACAAUGCAAAUUUUAAAAAUAUUCUUUUUGCUGGGCCUCCUAUUCCAAAAAGCACAGUCAGCACAAGAGUACAGAAGUUGUAAUUUAUAUACAUUUUAUGCUGCUGAACAUUAAUUAGACCAAGAUGCUUGUAAUUGAAAGUUUGACUCUAUACUUACAAAUGUUUUGCUCAGUAAUAACUAGGGCAUUGGUUUGUGGGCUACAUACCUAAAGUGAUAAAUAUUCCUUUAGUCAGUUAGCCCAUCUAGCAGUCUGGCAUUACUUGUCCAGAGCAUAUUUUUUAUCUUUUCGGCAAAAGUUUGUUUUUAAUUUACCCACAGAGUGCUGUGCUGUGACCUUGAACCAAGUUUUUAGAUAAAAGGUCAAGGUCAUACCAGACCUGUAUUCUCCAACAAGGACAAGAGAACAAGAUUCCAUAUCAUUUUAAAGUUUUCUAGUCAUUCAUCUUUGUUCAUUUGUCCCUAACUGGCUCAUACAUCACAUACAAAGUGCUUGAUGGUAAACUGGUAAAGGGCCAAAGAUUGAUUAAGUCUCUAAAAUCCAGUUUAGGUAUACAUGUAUAACAAUUUGAUGACUGACAUGUUUUACAUGUUGUUGUCGAAAAUGAAUUUGCGUAAAACAUACAUUAUGCCAAUAAAUUUAGAUUAAAUGCACUUUUUAGAUUUUUAACCAGGUUUUCCAGUGGAAAAAUCCAGUUAUUAAAAUGGUGAAAAUGGCAGGUGGGUGGGCGGCUGCCAAAAGGGUACCCUUAUUGUACGGAUAACUCCUCCUACAGUUUUCAAGAAAGGAAGUUGUUCUUUUGCAGAUCAAUUGUACAUAUAUCAGAGGUGUGCAUAUUGCUAGGAUUUUGAUUACUAGUAAUUUAUCCAAAAAAAAUACCAGUGUUUGAACUUAGUCAUUUUUUGGCAAAAUAUUGCAUAUAGGGUACCCUCAUUGUACAGAUAACUCCUCCUACAGUUUUCAAGAUAGGAAGUUGUUCUUUUGCAGAUUAAUUGUACAUAUAUCAGAGGUGUGCUAGUGCUAUGAUUUUGAUUUCUGAUUAUUUAUGAAAAAAAUACCAGCUUUUGAACUUAGUCCUUUUUUGGCAAAAUAUUGCAUGUAGGGUACUCCAUUUCACGGGAUCAGGUUGACAUGGAUUAUGGAUUCAGUUCACAUAAAAGUAAACCAGGUUUGCUGUCACAUUGACAGCUUUUCACUUGUUAUAUAUGUAUCAGGGAAGGUUAUCGUUAAUCUUGAAGGGUUUAUUUUUUUUUAAUAUGACUUAAUUUGGGCGUGUCGAAUCACACAAAUGACAACCCAAAUGGAAAUUACAACAAUAUAAUCAUUAUUACUAAUCAUAUUACUAGAUUUAUAAUAAAAUUGCUGGAUUAAAAAAGGUCAUUUUAUGGGGUUGCUAGCCGUUAUUCAGACAAGUUAAAGAUGAAUUUUGCGCUCAACAAAACUUCUAAGUGUUCACCCAGUAUAAUGUAAUUUACUAUAUCACGUAAAGAUCAUUUUUACGCUCUCAAUAGGCCCUAUACAUGUAUAUAGUCCGAAAUAUAUGACGUUUUCCUGGCUUUUCUUUAACGAUUUUGAUAUUUUACUUUUUAAAAAAAACAGGAAAAGAUCAGAUACAUGUAUU